AUGGAAGCCCUUACUCCUUCAACUUUGCCCGGUGUAAUGCACGAAGCUUGUGCCUAUGGCUGGAGAAUCACUAGCUCCAACAAGCAACCCAUGGAUCUCUCUCUUGAAGAAGCUAAGGCUAGAAGCAUUUCUCUCGGUUUCUCUCAACAGUAUUGCUGUCAUCGUGCUGCUACUUACAUGUCUGUUGCCAAGGAUCGACCCGUUCAAAAAAAAUCGAAAAAGGUUGACUGCAAGUGCACCCUCCGUGUUAGAAGCUUUUAUGCUUAUCCCGAGUUCUAUGAGUUCAUUAUCGAAAAGGAUCGUACAAACCAUGUUGUUGGAGAUUUUAUGGACGAUAUUCGCACUCUUUCUCUCCCAAGAGACCGUUUACAUGAGAUUUUGCAGCAGCUGAAGCAUUCAUCAAAGACUCCUCGUCAAAUUAGAAUUGAUAUGUUGAAGGCAGCUGACUCCUAUGGUCGCAAAUCUCAUCGUAAGGUUAAUUACCAUGAUAUCUGGAACACUAUGAACAAGAUUGAUAAGGAGAUGUAUCAUUUUGAUAAGGAUCAUAUGGUGUCUUUUAAAAUUUGGAUUGAGACAAAACUGCCAUCUGAAGGCUACGAAUGCUUUACUGGAAAAUCGGUAUACACUGAGGACCCAUCCUUAUUCGCCUGUGGGUUAGUCUCCCCCGAUCAGAAGAUUCGAAUGAAAAAUUCCAGUGCGUUCUGUUUGGAUGCCUUUCAUAUUAUCUAUAUGAUUACCAAUGAUCAUGGCACUGGACCAAUUGUUGAAUGGCUUCAGCAUUUGAGGGAUGCCCGUCUUUUGGUUAAUCCUGAACAAUUCACCAUUGACUGUUGCCAGGCCGAGGCUUGGAACAAACAUCUUGCUUCUGUUUCUGUUCCUGGAUUUUUACCUGCUCAGAAUAGAGUGCUCAGAAUUGAAAUGAGGAGUUAUUUGCAACGAAUCGUAUACGAAGAAGAUCUUGAUCAGUCUCAUCAAAGGAUUAUUGGUUUCCAAGAAGAAUAUGCCGAUCAAACCAAGUUUAUGGUCUAUUUCGUCAAAAACUGGUGUACUGAAGACAAGUUCAAAGUUUGGAGUAGAUCGUACAAAGACAUCCAGUUUUCUCAUAUGUUGACCAACAACUUCAUCGAAUCUUGCCACAAUCAAUUGAAGACCGUGUUUUUGGGCCGAGUUAGAAACAAGAGACUCGACAAGCUCGUUUUUGUUUUGGUCAAUGAUGUCGAGCAUUACCUCCUUCAAGAGUUUGAAAGGGUUAUUCAGGGUAACGGUGCAAUGUCACCCUUCUUUAAGCAGCAAAGAAUCAGAGAGCUUGAGGCUGAGGAUAGAGAGAAAAUGGUUGGUGGUCCCUCGGAUGUAGAUGGUGAAGGAAUCAGAAGGUAUCAUGUUAGCUCCUUUGUUGAUGGUGCUUCAAUCGAUUGUUCAAUUGAACAUAUGUAUUUGUUGAAAAACCAUACUAACUUUUCAUUGCAUUUUCCUUCGUGUGUCGACAACUACGUUGUUGAUAAUGUUACCGUUUUGGAGACGGCUCCUAUGGCCACAGUCAUUCAACAGGAUCAUAACAAUGAAUUAAAGGAUCAUUUCUUAGAUAACGUGGCCACCUUAAACCAUUCUCGAUCUGAUUUAACACGGCUUUUCAAGUUUAUGACAAAAGAAGAGGCAACGGUUGUAGAUGAAAUUUUGCAACGUACUAUGCAAAUCACUCAAAGAAUGAAAGAUAAUGAUGAAUUCCUUACAAAAUUGGACCAAACAGUAUGCAAGCGUCGAGAAGUCAAUGAACGACUUUUAAAUGAUUUUAGUGCUUUUAUUGGAACACCUGCGGUCGGAUCUUCAGAAAAUAAAGAACAGCAAGAUUAUGACAUGGGCGGAUGUGAUGGUGGCUGCUCAGCUGUCGUCGGUCAGUCCAACACGACUACUGUCAACGACAAGACCCAGUACAGGUCCAACCAAAAGAGAUCCUUUUUGGCCUGGAAAUGUCUCAUGAAGGUGUUGCCCAAAGCUUACCUUGCUUUCUUGGUCGUGCAAGCUAAAUACGACUUCCAGUAUUGUGGCGGUUGUAAGACAUUGCCUGUUGUAUUGGUGGAAGACGGCAUGUUCCCCCUAGCACUAACCAGACCUACGGCUGCAUUGCAUUUGAGUCUUUGUGAUUUUUUCGUCAACCUAAGAAACAUCUUUGCGAGCUCUGCUGAAAAAAUUGCAGAAUUCUAUAAGGUCUGCGCAAAUCAGACAGCUCAGGCCAAUCUGUCUGCUGAUAGAUGCUCCAACAGCAUCAUCCUAUACAACAACAUGGUUGAGCUGUCUGAACAGUUGGUGAUGGGGGAUAUUUCCACAUCAUGUGCUGCUUGUCCUGAGUUUAUAUACCAGGUCGGAUCAGAUAAUUUAAAUGACAAGCAGUACAUGAUGAUGGAUGGAAACUUUCGUUUGAAAGGAAGAAGAUCGUUGUUAGAGGACCACGACUUGUCCAAAGUCGCUGGGCUUGAUGGGUUCAAGACGUUUUGGAUCCAUCAGGCUUUAGUCGAUAGAUAUGACCCGUCUGCGCAGCCUGGUGCAAAGGGCACUACCACCACCAAGGGAGCUACCGCCACCAAGGCUACCUCUACCAAGGGUACCUCCACCACUGAAAAGGCUACAUUUACUAAGGUCGCUGAACCUCGCAAAAAGCAGGUUGUGGUGCACCAAAAUUGCACCUCAGCCAUUUAUCCUGUUCGUCGUGUCUUUGGUAGCGGCUGCGCAAGACACGAUACUGUGUUCCAACUAGCAGACCCGGACGCUGGGGAAGGGUUUAAGUACCCAUUGGCUGCUCUAGCCUCUGUCGAGAACCAGCUUGGUAGAAAGGUUUAUUUACAUGUCAUAUAUGACAUUAUAUGCAAACUGGAGCCAUCUAUCAAGGUGAACUUCCCUGGAAUCGCCGGUUCUGACCGCUUGUGUCUGUCUGUCUUACAUGCCUACGCUCAUGUAAUGCACUGUCAGGUCAAGUACAACCCGAGGUUGAUCGACAACUUUGGGUUUACUGACGGUGAGGGCAUGGAAAGACUUUGGUCUUACUGGGCUAAAUACAUCACCAUGACUAAACCCAUAAUGGCCGAGAACCGGCGGUAUGUCCUGUACAUGGCUAUAAAGUACAGGAACACAGCCAUCAAGUCCAAAUUGGGAGAAGAUCUGCGCCUUGUUUUCGAAAAAACAAAAGAGGACAACAAAAUUAAAAAGUGGUCCGUUGAGCAUUUCCGUGGUGUUGAGGAGCGUUACGCCAAGCACGUAGCUAAUCUUGGGGAGCAAAGAAGUUCUGGAACUGUUGUAUCACAUCUCCUUCCAAAAAGCUAUGUAGACACCCACACUUUCCCUUUGAGCUUGAGCGCCUACAUUAGCUUUAAGAACAUCCUCAAUGGCAACGCAAAUGAUUACAUUAGGGCUGCCGGUCGUAACGUCUCCGAAAGACCUACCAUUCUGGGGCCAUUAUACUUUGAUUUUGCCGAGUCCCAAUGGGUGGAGUUUCUCAAGGUCAGAGAGGCAUUGUUCAAGGAUAUUUUACGAAGUAAUGUCCAAGCAUACUUUGACCUUGGGGAUAAACUCCACAGUGGCCACAUUGAAGGCAUGCGGAACCAAAAGUCCCAAGUGAUCGCUGAUAUCUGCAUGUACAACACGGGUAACAAGGAGUUGAUAGAGAGUCCAUAUGCAGUCGGUCACUUGGGACUUUGUCAUGGACAAGGCAAACGGCUUUUGGGAGGUAAACUGGUCCGAAGACGUAUCGACUUGGCUCAGAUGGAAAUUUUGAAAGAAGAGCGAAAACGAGAAAGUAUCUCCAAAGAGAGGGAGUAUUUGGUUUCGCCACUUGCGAAGCACGCUGAAGGAACUGGUGCUUGGGUUCUCCUUCAACGUGCCAUGAAACUUAACGCCAGGUGGUUAACUUUUACCAAACACCACCUGGGCUAUGUAGGGGUCUUUCGCAGUUCCCUGAUCGCAAGUGCCGAUGUUGUGAGUCAAGAAGAGCUCGAAGACGAGGUCAACUUGGUUGAUGAAGGACAAGAAGAUGAGAAGGAAGAGUCAGAGGAGGAAAAUAAUGAUGCAUAA